CCCCCACGUUUUUCUUAACAGACGGCGGAGAAUCAUCAUCGCUCGGAGAAGAAAAAAAAGAAGGGAAAGUGUUUCUUUGAUUCAUGGAAGGAUGUGCGGGUAAACGAUCGGUUGACAGGAUGGCUGUACCUCGAAAAGGAAGCGGUCCUGUGCUGCGUGAGAAUAUGAAGAAGAAAGAUGAAAAGAGUGUCCCUUUCUGCAGCCGAAUUGGUUGUAGUGCAAAGGUAACUUCCACCAAGGGAAUUCAGAUUGGCUCUACGGUUGACAAUACAAAAGUUGGCCGGGAUGGAAAGGAAAUUGUUGGAAGUUCAUCUGGAACUCCGAGUGGAUUUGGAUUCUUAAGAAAGUCAGCUAAAAGUACUACUAGCAGAAGGCAGCCUUCUUCUAAUAUGGAGACAGGUUCUUCAGAGACGAGCUGUACUCAUGAGGAUCCAGCCGUUGCUGAGCCCAUCCUUCCUCGCCUAAAGACUAAAAGAAGCACAAUCAAUGUUCAGUCUCAAAAGACAGUCUCUGGAGAAGUUGUAGGAAGCUCAAGUAGAGGAACCAUCAGAAGUAGUCAUCAGAAACCUGACUUGGGCACUCGAGAUACUCUAAUGCGUCCCUCUGUUUCUUCUUCCUCUUCUGGCAGUGACCACACUGUAAGAGGUGGUCUGAGCAGGAAUGGAUUGAGAAACUUGAGGUGCAACUCUGUCUCUGAUAUUCUUCCAACCAACUCAAGCUCUGGGGCAAAAAUCAGCGUGACUAAAAGGAAAAACUUUGAUGGUGAGAGCAGCUCCUCUAGCCAAGGCAGUAAGAGUAAUAUGUCUGUGAUGAAGGGCAGGAAUCAAAGCUCUUCUCAUGGAAACAGCAACACAGAUUCUGAUAACAGAAGGAAUCGUAUGGUACCAACUAUCAGGGAUAACAGUGUUGUUUCAAGUAGUGGUAGGAGAUCUGGUAACAUUGGUAGAUCAGAGCGACUUGGAGCUGUUGCAUCCCCUCCUACUUCUCAGCAAACGCCUCAACCUGCAACACCAACGAAUCCCAAUCCUUCUCUUUCAUUUAGUCCAUCAAAUAGUUACAGUAGGCCUAACAGUAGUACCGGCUGGUUACGUAGCAUGAUUCCUGGUGGCCCCUCAGAAGCUGACCCUUCAAGCGCUUUGGUGAACCGUGAUGGUUUAAGUGGCUACAACGUUAAUGGAAUUGCAGAGGUAUUGUUGGCCCUGGAAAGAAUUGAACAAGGUCAUGAGCUUACAUACGAGCAACUGGCUUCUUUAGAGACGAAUCUAUUCUUAAGUGGUAUGAUCAGCUUCUACGAUCAGCAUAGCGAUAUGAGGCUUGACAUUGAUAACAUGUCCUAUGAGGAACUACUAGCAUUGGGGGAUGAAAUAGGUACAGUGAGCACAGCUCUAAGCGAAGAAGCACUCUCAAGAAGCCUCAGGAAGAGCAUUUAUCAAGAGACAGAUGAAAACGGUGCUAUUUCUCUGGAUAAGGAGGAUGAUAUCAAGUGCAGUAUUUGCCAGGAAGAGUAUGUUGAUGGAGAUGAAGUAGGGACUAUGCCAUGUGAACAUAUGUACCAUGUGAGCUGUGUAGAACAAUGGCUACGGAUGAAGAAUUGGUGCCCUAUCUGCAAAACCUCUGCGAAAGAGGAAAAGUCGUAGUGGUAAUGACACGCCCAACUUUAGCUUUUUGGGAUAUGAUUCCAAAAUGAUGCAGAUACAUUGUUUCUUCUUCUUCUUUUGCACCAAGUGCUUGUCUCUACAUCAUCUUGCUCUCUAUCUCUCUUCUCUUCUGUGCAUAACACAUUUGUUUUUUUUUCUUUUGGCCUGAUUGGGUACAAAUGGGCAAAUACGAUCCGGUGACAAUCUCCUUCUCCACUUGUAUCAAAGCUCAACUUUUGAUUUGAUAAACAUUUUGUAGUUUAUGCAAACUCCAUUCUUCUUCUUUUUCUGAAUCGGAUAAAUAAACUUGCACACUGUGAC